AUGUCAUCCACUCCCCCUUCUACCUUACUCACACCUGGAAUGGCAAUGAUCAACUCUUCUUCGACAUCCUCUUCAUCCACAUCUUGCCCAACAAUAUGGACCUCACCUGACGACAUACUAACUGCCAACUUCAGCUGGACCACAUCACUCUCAUCAUUAGCGACAACGAUGACCACGGGAGGAUCGAAUAACUCAUCUCCAACUGAUUUCGCUUUCGAACCACCCACUUUACCCACCAGCAACACCUUCGAGAGCAAUACCAUCCCAUCAGCACCAUUCAAGCCUGAACCUGUGAAAAUCGAUUCGUUCAAUUCUAACGGGAGCGACAACAAUAGUCCUUUCACACCUUCCGGUGCACAAGUCAACAACGCCAACUCUUAUCCUUUUCCCGGAUCAUUCUCAUACAACGCUUCUACCGCUUCAUCCUUUUCCUCAGCUUCUGGUUCAGGCGCAGGUGGUUCAUUCUCAUCCGUAGACGCCUUACCUGCCAUUUCAAGGGAUUUCGUCAGACCCUCAACAUCCGAGACUCGUCGACCGGCUACUGCAGGAGGAGCAUUACAAAGUAGAAGUCCUUUCGCUGGAUUCAUGCCUGGAGGUUCAAGUGAAGAAGGUGGACAGAGAUUCCAAAGGAUAAAUCAACAAAGACCCACGUCCUCAGACGGAAAGAUGAGAUUGAACACUACGAUCGAAGAAGGUGGUGAAGGGUUGUUUACCAACCCAUUUGAAACUUCUAACAAAGAAUCCCAAGAUGCCGAAUCUAAGCAGGUACCCUCGCAAACACCCACUUCGGAUGGUACUGUAGAUCCUCAUUAUAUCCCUGCCAAUCGAAGAGCUUCCGAACCUCAAUUCAAUGUUCAGCAAAGCUGGGGUCAACAUUCCCCGCUCGCUCCACCGACUAGUAAUCCCACACCCGCUUCUCUAGGUCUCACUUCGGCUCCUGCACAUGUGCCUCAAGCUGGAUUUUUACAACAACAGCAAAUGCAAGGAUCUCAAGCACAAUAUAAUCGUCCAGCAUUCCAUGGUAGACCGCAGACUUCAGAUGGUCUACCGAGUUAUCCUCAUUUGACGGGCAACGUCCCUCUACCCAGUGCUCAGUCUAUAGCUCGUCAAAUACCUGGUAUAUCGACCGCUGCAGGAGGAUACUACCACUCACCUACACCAUCGUCAGCUAGAUCGUUUGACCAAGAUCCCAAGACUGGAUAUAUGCCAUUCAGAGAUGAUCGAUCUAAUUCACUCAAUGCCUUGCCGCCUCCAAUGGUCGGACCUCCCUCGUCAGCUUUCCCGGGUGAUAGAGCCUAUUCAAUUGACUCGGGUCUAGCCAGACCUGGCCAAGCACAAGCUAUCAGAUCAUCCUACAUGCCUCAAUCGACUGGUAAACCCGGUGAAAUGUCUUCCGAAUUGACGUUUGUUCAACUUGGUGGUCCGGCUCCCAAAAAGAGACCUAGAAGGAGAUACGAUGAGAUUGAAAGGCUGUACGCCUGUGGUUGGAAUGGCUGUGAAAAGUCUUAUGGAACUCUCAAUCAUUUGAACGCACAUGUCGCGAUGCAGAAACAUGGUGAAAAGAGAUUACCUUCUGAAUUCAAGGAGAUGCGAAAAGCUUGGCGAAAGAAGAAGAGAGAAGUAGCAGCGACCAAUGCAAAUGCGAUGUACGCUGCCAACGCUGCAGCAUGGCAGCAACGAGUAUCUGUCAGUUCGGCAUCUGGUACGGAAAGUGAUUGGGAUCGAAGGGAUUCAGCCGCGUCGAUGAUGUCUACUGGAUCAGAAUACGGUGGUCAUCGAUCAUCAUCUUCUUACCCUGUUGGAUAUGCACCUUGGACUGGCAACUCUGGACCCAUCGAUUCUCGACCUUCCACUUCUUCAUCUUCGAUCUCCUCAAUUGACGGAAGUGGUAGGAACUACUUUGCACCUCCUCCUGUGCCUGGUGUUCCUCAACCUGGAUACGGAAGCAUGGGAAUGGGAAUGGGUACGAUCAACCCUAUCAACUCUCGACGAAUAUCUGCGCCUCAAUAUCUCCCUGGAAUGCCCAUGCCCCACCUGGAAGGAUUCAGGAGUCUACAAGAUGAUCAUCCCACGCCCACUGCUCAGAACCCUUUCCCACAAAGUCAAAGACCAUCUGGAGGUUUUCCAUUCACCACAUUGACUUCGCCCAUGGCUGGGAAUGCCGGUGCGGGCGGUACGACCAUCACGGGAAGUAAUGGUGGGGAGGGGAGUUAUGCGGGUGGAAGUCAGUUUGCUUUCCAAAGGUGA